AAAUUAAAGAGAAUCACACACACCCCUUCAUUCUUUUUCUCUCUCCUCAAAUUAACUAUUUUUUUUCUAUUAUAAAUAUUAUAAAAUUCAUUCUAUUCUACUAUUGUACAUCGUUGAGAAUUUUUUGUUGCCUCUGAUCAAAGACUUCUUUCUCAUUUUGUUUCAAGAGAAAGAGAGAAUCAGAGGCCAAUUCUUUCAAAAGAAUAAACCACAUUAGCUUCUAAAGAAUAAAAAAAAUAAAAUCACCUUGUUUAAUUUUCAUUUCAAGUUUUGUUUGAGGCACCCUAAUUACCAGACCAUCGGUUUGAUAUAAUUUGGGUGCCUCUUUCAGUUGUGGGGCUCAGAAUCUCGUCGUAAAACGACAGAUUUCCACGCAGUUUGUGCUGGUGUAAAUAAAAGCUGUUGAAAAUGUUGGGAGAUUUUAUCAAUCGUUGCCUCAUUCUUCUACUAGGGUAUGCAUACCCUGGAUUUGAAUGCUACAAAACAGUGGAGAAAAACCGUGUUGAUAUUGAGGAACUUCGUUUUUGGUGUAAAUAUUGGACUAUUGUGGCCCUCUUCACCGUAUUGGAAAAGUUUUUGGAUAUAUUUAUUUCAUGGUUGCCAAUGUAUGGAGAGGCGAAACUGGUGUUCUUUGUCUACAUGUGGUAUCCUAAAACUAGGGGAACCAGUUUCAUUUAUGAGACAGUUUUGAGGCCAUAUAUAUCAAAGCAUGAAAAUGACAUUGAUAGGACAAUACAAGAGUGGAAAGCUAGGGGAUGGGAUUAUGUUAUAUUUUAUUGGCAAUAUUGUGCACAAUUUGGACAUACUGCAUUUCUCCAAGCUCUUCAGCAAUUGGCUUCUCAAUCUUCUAAAUUUUCCUCCAAGUCCACUACUAGUACUACUCCGAAAAGUGAGGAGCCAGUUCAAAAUGGUCAAGAAAAAUCAACAGUGCAAUCAUCCUUUAUGAAGCAAAAUAGUUCACUAAGCAAAAGCAAGAAAUGGGAAAUAAGUCCACCAUCAUCACCAAGUACAAUCAAUCGUCACAGAUCAGAGACACCAAAGUCGAGAGCAGCACGUGCUAACGUUGUUGAUGCUGAAACCGAAUAUAUGGACGAGGUAGAAGAUGACGGUCAAGAUGAUGUGAGCGUAAAAGAAAGAAUCAACCGAGCGCGCGCAAGACUUAGAAAGUUAGAUUCACAAAACCCUCGAUCCCCUAAGACCCCAAUACUAGAUUCACAAAACCCUGGAUCCCCUAAAACCCCAAUACGUAAUAAACAACAGUAAUAAUAAUGUAAAUAUUAUAUAGUCACAGCUUCAUCAAUCCCCUUAAAACCAAAAUAAUAGGGAAAAUGAAAUUAAAUAGACUUUGUUUCUCUUUCUUAUAUUUUUUAAAAAAUUCUCAUUCGUUCA